UCGCCUGGGACCCGCUGCCCGGGGCCGGAGCACGCCAGGGGCCAGCGAGGCCGCGGGGACUGCAGCAGCGCCAGCCAUGGCCCCGCUGGGCGAGGACACCCCGCUGAUCGGGGAGCGCUCCUGCAGCCUCUCCUCCACCGAGACGGGGACGCUCCAGGUGUACCUGCACCACUGCGCGCAGGCCCCGCGCGCCGCCCCCGGCUCCGGCGGCGUCCUCACCUUCACCUUCGGCGAGUACACGGCCGAGGAGCUCUGCAUCCGGGCGGCCAAGGCCUGCGGCGUGCUGCCCGUCUGUCACUCCCUCUUCGCUCUGGCCACCGAGGAUCUCACGUGCUGGUUCCCCCCCAACCACCUCUUUGCCGUGGACGACUCCCGCAGCCAGGUCGUGGUGUACCGGAUCAGGUUCUUCUUCCCGAACUGGUGCGGGCUGGGACAGUCACACCGGUUCCAGCUGAUGAAUGACCGGGCCAGCGCUGUCCUGGACUACCCCGUCAUCGAUUACCUCUUUGCCCAGUCCCGCAGCGACUUCAUCAGCGGGCGCAUGGAGGUGGAGCUGAGCCUGCAGACGCAGGAGGAGUGCCUGGGCCUGGCGGUGCUGGACAUGCUGCGCAUCGCCAAGGAGAAGCAGCAGAGCCUGGAGGAGACCUUCAGCUGCGUCAGCUACAAGUCGUGCAUCCCCGAGAGGCUGCGGUGCCAGAUCCAGCAGCACAGCUUUCUCACCCGCAAGCGCAUCCGCCGCCGCUUCAACAAGUCCCUGCGCAAGAUCAGCGGCUGCCAGACAGACAGCCGCUACCUCAAGCUCAAGUACCUGCUGGACCUGGAGCGGCUGCAGCGGCGCUGGGCGGAGGAGAGCUUCCGCGUGCGCUCACCCGGCGCCGCCGACAUCACCAUCCAUGUGGCUGGCGAGAGCGGCGUAUCCUGGAGCUGCGGCAGUGCCAAGAGCCGCCAGCACUUCUGCGACUUUCCCGACAUCGCUGACAUCAGCAUCAAGCAGGCGAGCCGGGACAGCAACCCCGUGGAGAACCGCAUCGUCACCCUCACCAAGACGGACAACCGGGUGCUGGAAGUGGAGUUCCCCACGCUGCAGGAAGCCCGCUCCUUCGUGGCCCUCAUCGACGGCUACUACCGCCUGACGGCAGACGCCCACCACUACUUCUGCAAGGAGGUGGCUCCCCCCCGGCUCCUGGAGGACAUGGAGAACCAGUGCCAUGGGCCCAUCAGCUCCGAGUUUGCAGUGAACAAGCUGAAGGUGGCAGGGAGCCACCCUGGGCUGUACCUGCUCCGCCGCAGCCCACAGGACUUCGACAGCUACCUGCUGACGGUGUGCACCAAGGUCCGUUCCAGCCAGGACUACAAGCGCUGCCGGAUCCACAGGGACAAGGAUGGCAACUUCUUCCUCUCGGGGGUGGCACGGCGGUUCUGCAGCCUGCGGGAGCUUCUGGAGACCUACGGACGCUGCGAGCUGCAAGCGGACGGCGCCCGCAUGCGCCUGGCCGUGUGCUGCCCGCCGCAGCCCAAAGAGAAGUCCAACCUGCUGAUCGUGCGGAGCGGCUGCCCCCAGCUGCCCGCCUCACCCUCAGCCCCGCGCCGCAGCCUCACCCAGAUGAUGUUCCACAAGAUCAACCCUGAGAGCCUCACACCGGGUGAGAGCCUGGGCCAGGGCUCCUUCACUCGGAUCUAUAAGGGCAUCAGGCGGGACCAGAAGGAGGAUGAGUACUACCAGACUGAGGUGGUGCUCAAGGUCAUGGACAGCAGCCACCAAAACUGCUCCGAGUCCUUCCUGGAGGCCGCCAGUAUCAUGAGUCAGAUCUCCCACAAGCACCUCAUCCUGCUGCAUGGGGUCAGCCUUGGGAAGGACAGUAUCAUGGUGCAGGAGUACGUCAGGUACGGUCCCCUGGACCUCUACCUGAAGAAGAAUCAAGGGGAGGGCAAGGUGACGAUGAGCUGGAAGCUGCAGGUGGCCAAGCAGCUGGCGUAUGCCCUCAACUACCUGGAGGACAAGAAAAUCACCCAUGGCAAUGUCUCCGCUAAGAAGGUGCUGCUGGCACGGGAGGGGGAUGUAGCCAGCGGCAGCCCCCCCUUCAUCAAGCUCAAUGACCCUGGAGUCAGCAUCACCAUCCUGGCCAAGGAGAUGCUUGUGGACCGCAUCCCCUGGGUGGCCCCCGAGUGCAUCAGCGACCCCAAGAACCUGGCGCUCCCGGCCGACAAGUGGAGCUUUGGGGCGACCCUCUGGGAGAUCUUCAGUGGUGGCAACAUGCCCAUGAGCCUGCUGGAGCCGCAGAAGAAGCUGCAUUUCUACCAGAGCAGCCUCCAGCUCCCCGUGCCCAAGUGGACCGAGCUGGCCACGCUCAUCACGCAGUGCAUGAACUACCAGCCCUGGGGCCGGCCCUGUUUCCGCGCCAUCAUCCGCGACCUCAACAGCCUCAUCACCUCCGAUUACGAGCUCCUCUUGGACCUGUCCCCCAGUGAUGUGACGCACCGGGACAGCUUCUGGGGGUACGAGCAUGUCGCCAUGCACCACGACCCCACGCUCUUCGAGGAGCGCCACCUCAAGUACAUCUCGCUGCUGGGCAAGGGCAACUUUGGGAGCGUGGAGCUGUGCCGCUACGACCCACUGGGUGACAGCACUGGUGAGCUGGUGGCUGUGAAGAAGCUGCAGCAGGACUCAGCCAAGGAGCUGCAGAACUUCGAGAGGGAGAUCCAGAUCCUGCACUCGCUGCAGCACGACUUCAUCGUCAAGUACCGUGGCGUCUGCUACAGCCGGGGGCGCCGCGGCCUCCGGCUCGUGAUGGAGUACCUGCCCAAGGGGUGCCUGCGGGACUAUCUGCAGAAGAACCAGCACCGCCUGGACCACAGGACGCUGCUCCUCUACGCCUGGCAGAUCUGCAAGGGCAUGGAGUACCUGGGGGCGCAGCGCUGCGUGCACCGUGACUUGGCCAACAGGAACAUCCUGGUGGAGAGCGAGACCCACGUGAAGAUCGGGGACUUCGGCCUGGCCAAGCUGCUGCCGCAGGACAAGGACUAUUACGUGGUGCAAGAGCCUGGCCAGAGCCCCAUCUUCUGGUAUGCACCCGAAUCCCUAGCUGACAACGUCUUCUCCCGGGCGUCCGACGUCUGGAGCUUCGGGGUCCUCCUCUAUGAGCUCUUCACCUACAGCAACAAGAGCAAGAGCCCUUCUGAGGAGUUCCUCCGCAUGAUGGGCGCCGAGAAGACGGCGCAGAUCAUCUGCAACUUGCUGGAGCUCCUGAAGGACAACCGGCGUCUCCCGGCGCCGGCGGGCUGCCCCAUGGAGGUCUACGCGCUGAUGCUGAGCUGCUGGGCCUUCACCCCCAGCGCCCGACCCACGUUCAGCGAGCUGGCGCCCAAGAUCGAGGCGCUGCGCGACGGCCGCAGCAAGGCCCGCGGGUAGCGGGCGAGGGGCUGCAGCGAGGCCGGGUGUCUCCCUCCCCGGCACGAGGCGCUGACAGACGGAUGCACGGACACAGCCAAGCUCCAACAUGCUUUAAUAGCCCCGGGCGGCCGCGGGACGGGGCACCGCAGCGCGCGGUGGGCACGCGGGUGCCGCCCUGCCUCCUGCGGCUCCGCCGCCCGCGCUUUAGCUGGGAGCCUGCCCUUCCCACCCGGCACUGCU